CAUCGCUUUUCUUUCUCUCUGUAUUUGUAUAUAUAGUGGCCUGCUUUCUUAGCUAUUCCUCAUUAUUCCACUCACGCCUUCUUUCCUCCAUUUCUACCUCUACUCUUCCACAAUAAUGGUGACUUUCAAGGCUACGCACAUCGUCCGCCCGGCGGAGCCGACCCCGGAUGAGAUUUUGUUCUUGAACGCCUGUGAUCAAAUCAAAGACAUUUCCCACACGCCAACUAUCUAUUUCUACAAGCACUCUGAAGCUUUGGACGCCGGAGAUGCUAUUCUCAGGCUGAAGGACUCGCUCAGCAAGGCCCUCGUCUUGUUUUACCCGCUGGCGGGGAGGUUGAACUGGGCGGCGGAAGGGGGCAGCAGGGUCGAGCUCCACUGUAAUGGAAAAGGGGUCCCGAUUUUCGAAGCUGAGUCGGAGUCGAAGGUGGAGGAUUUCGGCGAUUUCACCCCGACUCCGGCUAUCCAGGCCUUGAUUCCAUCGGUGGAUUACACCACUCCUAUUGAUGAGAUCCCUUUGGUUAUAGUUCAGCUGACGAGAUUCAGUUGCGGCGGAGUUAGCAUUGGUCUCGGGGUUUCCCAUGUCAUGGCUGACGGGCCAAGUGCUCUUCAUUUUGUGGACGAGUGGGCGAAAAUCUCGCGAGGUGCGGAGCCCAUUGUUCCGCCGUUUCUUGACCGAAAGGUGUUGGAAACAGAUAAGCCUUUGAGCUCGACUUUCGACCCGUCAGUUCUCCGCCCGCCGCCCACUCUGAUAGGCCAGGAAGACAACCUGGAGCAGAGGAAGAAGCCAAUCACCGUCGCGUUUCUCAAUCUCACCAAGCUGCAAAUCGAGAAGCUCCGAAACAAGGCCAACCUGGAUGUCGACAAAGAGACCAACAGCCGUGGGUAUAGCAGAUUCGAGGCGGUUGCAGCCCACAUCUGGCGGUGCACCAGCAAAGCACGUGGCCACAUCGCCGAGCAGCAAACCAGCCUCCACUUCGUCGCCGAUUUCCGGAACAAACUGAAGCCACCCCUGCCCAAAACCUUCUUCGGGAACGCCCUGAUUCGAGUGGAAGCCACGGAUAAAUCCGGGAGCCUCCUCUCAAACUCCAUCGGCACCGCUUCCAAGAAAAUCCGUGAAGCCGUGGAGAAAGUUACCGACGAUACCGUGAGAGCUUACCUAGACUUCCUCAAGGGCUUGCCGGAUGUGGGCCGAUUCAGGUCACUGGACAACAAUGGCCGGCCGAAGGGCGAUUUCUACGGGAACCCUAACUUGGCAAUCAUAAGCUGGACGGCGCUGCCGCUCUAUGGCGCAGAUUUCGGGUGGGGAAAAGAGAUCCAUAUGGGGCCAGGAUCCAUGGGUUUCGACGGGAAAACUUUCAUCAUUCCGAGCCACGACGGCGAUGGUUCCUUCAACAUUGCAAUAUGGCUGCAAGAAGAGCAUAUGGGCGCCUUCAAGAAAUGUUUCUACGAUGAUAUCUGAGCAACAAAUCAACUGUAAUUUCUAGGUACACGAGGAGGAUGACUGAUUCUGCUUCUGUUUUCUAUUUUUUUGUUUUCUUUAAAUUUCUUUCUUUUCAAUCCUCCCUUUUUGUGUAGAUCUGCUUAAGCUAAUUACUAUAAUGAAUCAUCUUUAUGAGAAAAACUUGUAUUUAUUGGUUGUUUGGUA